AUGGCUGAUCGGGGAACUGGUGCCCGCGGCGGCGGCUUCGCUUCUCGCGGCGAUCGUGGUGGUGAGCGUGGCCGUGGCCGUGGCGGUCGCGGGCGUGGACGCCGGGGCGGCAAGAGCGAAGAGAAGGAGUGGCAACCCGUGACCAAGCUCGGCCGUCUUGUCAAGGCCGGCAAGAUCAAGAGCAUGGAGGAGAUCUACCUCCACUCUCUCCCGAUCAAGGAGUACCAGAUUGUGGACUUCUUCCUGCCCAAGCUCAAGGAUGAGGUCAUGAAGAUCAAGCCCGUCCAGAAGCAGACCCGUGCCGGUCAGCGUACCCGGUUCAAGGCCAUUGUCAUCAUUGGCGACUCUGAGGGCCACGUCGGGCUCGGCAUCAAGACCUCGAAGGAAGUCGCGACCGCCAUUCGCGCCGCCAUCAUCAUCGCCAAGCUCAGCGUUAUUCCGGUGAGACGUGGUUACUGGGGUGCCAACCUCGGUCUCCCCCACUCGCUGCCCACCAAGGAGAGCGGCAAGUGCGGUUCCGUCACCGUCCGCCUUAUUCCUGCUCCCCGCGGUACUUCUCUCGUUGCUUCUCCCGCCGUGAAGCGCCUGCUCCAGCUCGCCGGUAUCGAAGAUGCCUACACAUCCUCUUCCGGUUCCACCAAGACCCUCGAGAACACCCUCAAGGCCACGUUUGCGGCCGUUUCGAACACCUACGGCUUCCUUACUCCCAACUUGUGGAAGGAGACGAAGCUCAUCAGGAGCCCUCUGGAAGAGUUCGCCGAUACCCUCCGGGACGGCAAGCGGUAUGCUCACUAA